CAUACUCGUAAUAAUAUUAAUAUACUAACAAAAAAAAUUGUUUCUUUAGCUUAGGCCAUUGAACUUUUUCUCUGAAGCUGCAUCUGCCAUCUCAUGUUGGAGUUGACCAUUUGAGAAAAUGUGAAUAUUAUUUCACCUAAGUGUAAUGUUUCUUUUUUCCCUAUUCAUUGGUAAAGGUAAACAAUCAGAAAUAACCUCUCUAAACCCUUUUAUCUGUUCCGCCCUUUGUAGCCUCAAAUCAAUACAACUUAAAAUCUUCUUCUAUAAAAAUCCUAAGCCUACAUAUCUUGUUCUCCCUUUUUAAUGCAGCAAUGGUGGAAUCCAGUUCAUUUGUAGCCUCCGGACGCAGAGGCCAAAAAUGGAAGGCUUUACACACUAGCUGGGUCAUGGUCCACAAAUUUCUUGGGUCAGGAUUCAUAGAAGCAGCAUCACAUUUGUCGAAGUUUUCAGCUUGAAUACACGACAUGCCGCCUGGCCCUUUUUAGCCCCAUUUAAGCUCGCCUCUUCCUUGGAGAGACAUCCCCUUCUCUUUCUUUGCUGAGUGUUUUUGGUCUCCCUCAGCCAUGUCUUCUGCAUCUUAUUCCUUUUCCUCUCAGGCACUAAAGAUAGGCAUAGUCGGUUUUGGCACAUUUGGGCAGUUCCUGGCAAAGACGAUGAUCAAACAAGGCCACACCAUAAGUGCAACUUCUCGGACAGAUUAUUCCCAGCUCUGUCAUCAAUUGGGUAUUUCAUUCUUCAGGGAUGUAGCCGCAUUCGUUGAAGCAGAUAACGAUGUCGUAUUGAUAAGCACAUCCAUCCUAUCCCUGUCAAAGAUGCUCAAGUCAAUCCCAUUCCGUUGCCUUAAACGCCGGACACUCUUCGUCGACGUGCUUUCGGUCAAAGAACACCCAAGAGACGUUCUUUUGCAAGUUGUGCCAGAGGAAAUGGACUUGCUUUGCACUCAUCCCAUGUUUGGACCCGAAAGUGGCAAGAAUGGGUGGAAAGAUCUUGUUUUCAUGUAUGACAAAGUUCGGGUGAGGGAUGAAGCUACGUGUUCCAGCUUCCUACACAUCUUUGAACAUCAGGGUUGCAGAAUGAUGCCAAUGUCCUGUGAAGAACAUGACAGACUGGCUGCGAGGAGUCAAUUUCUUACUCAUGCAAUCGGCAGGAUUUUGUCAGAAACCGGAAUUGAAUCUACAUCAAUUAACACCAAAAGCUUCGAAACACUAGUUAAAUUGAAAGAGAGCACCACCAAUGAUAGUUUCGAUCUGUUCAGCGGAUUAUUCAUCCAUAACAGAUUUGCUAAACAAGAGUUGAUGAAUCUAGAGCAUGCUUUUCAAAUGGUCAAGAAGAAGCUGCUGAAGACAGUGAACGAAGAGCAAAUUCCCAACAAGUCUCACCAUCAAAUGGACUCUUGCUAACAAAAAUGUUCUAUUAAUUGUUGACUCAGUCUUUUUUCACCCUUUUCAAAUUUUUAAGAAUAAUCUUUAAAAACAUUGGUACGGUCAUAACAAGCCAAGCAAGCUGCAGGCUACUUC